CCCGAAAAGUGAAAAUUUUCAACUUUGCCUAUUAAUUACUUUAACACUAUUUUGGCGCUUUUUUCGCUUUUUUCAUUAAAUCCAAAUCAACAAAUCUUAAUUGAAAGUAAAAACCAACCCCUAAAUUAUUUUCAUUUUUAUUUUUCAGUUCUUGCUUCAGUUGCUGGGAUUCUGAAUUUUUUCUCAAAGGGUCUGUUCGAGUUUGAACUUAUUCCUAGACUGACAAUGGAUGAGAGCCACAUGCAUAAAAAACUUGCUAUUACUGCAGCGGUGGAUGUUAUAGCUGGAAAUGCUGACCUUUUAUAUGAAAUUCUACUUUGUUUGCCUGCAAGAUCUCUCAUCAGGUUCAGUAUAGUAUGCAAGCUUUGGCGCUCAAUCAUUACCAGUAUGCAAUUUAGGCUAAGUCAUUGUCGUACUCUUGCCUUUUCUAAUGCUCUCCCCCCUUCCGGGAUUUACUUUUACAAUUGUCUAACCAAACCCCAAAAGAUUGAAUCCCUUCCAAUCACUGAUAAUGUAACUAGCCUCCCUCCUAUUCAAUUCCUUGACCACAUGGCUCUAAAUAUAAGAGAUACAUACGAGAUUACGCAAGCCAAGGUUACGCAAUCUUGCAAUGGCCUAUUAAUGUGCGUAUUCACGGCGAGAACUGAUAGAAUUACUAUCAAAAUUGGUCUUGUUUACAAUCCUGCAAAUAAAGAGGCCCGUCUGUUGCCGAUCCCCGAUAAGAAGUAUGAUGAAUUUGUCUAUUAUAAUCUGAUACCUGACCCUUCAGAACCACCUUAUUACACAGCUUUGUGUGUUACUCGUCUGGGUAGUUGGUAUUCUGAUAUCGAUGUGAGUGUGUAUGUGCCAGGGAGUGAGUCAUGGAGAUCCUGUUGUCGUUCCUCUGUACCCUCUUUUAUGGACUUCAACGGUGGAGUAUUUUGGAAUGGUGCAAUUCACUGGAUCGGUGAAUAUUCCUCCGUUUACUUUGAUGUUUAUUCAGAGAAAGUUGCAAUGAUUAUGCCACCCAAACCUCAGGGAUAUUGUAGCCAAAAGAUUAGGUAUUUUGGGGAAUGGGGUGGCCAUUUGCAUCUUAUUCUGGUUCAGAGCCUAUACCCCAAGAAAUUCAAUGUGCUUGAAUUAGAUAAAGAUACCUGGAAGUGGUCAGUGAAGUAUCGUGUUCAUCUUGCUCGGUUAAUUUCAGCAUUUCCAGAGAUGGUUCGGCAGACAUCAUCUGGCACACGAUAUGCAUUUUCCAUUUUGUCUGUGAUUCGAGGGGAGAACAUAGAAGAUUCAGUCCUUUUGCUAACUAUUCCCGGGAAGGUGGUCGCCUACAACUUAGUGCGUAAAACUACUAAAGUAGUCCGCGAGUUGCCUGGUGAAGUAGUUGACACUUUACGCUUUAAUCAUAUCAGCGCUUAUCAGUAUACCGAAAGUUUGUUUCCGGUUAGAGAGUGGGGUAUUAUCAAAAAAUAGUGCUCUUAUCAGCGGCUUGCAAGGACUUCUCGGCAUUCUUCUGGAAAAGGUUAUCGCUUAGGUACUUCAAGUCAAGACUUAUUUGAAAAGUAAAUAUCAUAUCCUAGCUCUUGUAGUUCUUUUGGGGAUUCAAUACAAAUGUUAUUGAACCUUUGCUGAAAAAUCGUUUCAGUGUUUUAUCUGGACAUACUGAUUUUGUGUC